UGUUGUUAUAAUUAUAUUGGGGUUAGGUUCGUGCCAUAUUUAUUUGUCAAAAAAUUCAACCAAAAUCGUAAUUGUUAUAUUUGUGAAAAUUGUAAUUUUAAACGUUAUUAAAAAACCAAAAUGAAUCCAAAUCUGCCAGGAGAUGAACCCGAACGUAGGACGCCGUUUCCAGGCCCCAACGCCCCACGAAGGCCAGAACCGUAUAGAUUUUCCUCUGAUGAGAUCAGAGUUCUUAGAGAGUGCCAGCGAGAAAGUUUCUACAAUAGAAGCCUUCCAUUAGCCACCAUUUUCACUGGCUUAACAUACUUUGGUAUGAGACAAGGUGCUGUUGCAAAAGCAAGUCCCAUGGGUGUAUUUACCCGAUUGAGCUUUGCUGCUCUGAUGGGUUAUUACAUUGGUAAAUUUUCCUAUCACAGAAUAUGUGCAGAAAAAUUCAUGGCUUUACCGAACAGUAAGAUAGGAAGAAUGUUGAAAUCUAGACAUCUUGGGAUUCCUGAUGAACAGGAAGAACAGUCUGUAGGGAACUUUUCUCUAAGCCCCUUUAGCAGUAUUCCAGAUACUUACAGUGAUAUUCCAGAUACAGACAGCACUUAUGAUUACAACAAUAGACCAACCAUUAAUGGAUUGGAUGACUCUUUCAGGCCUUCUUUAGACAAUCCAAUUGUCUUGCAUGAAGAGGAAAUGCCUCCCGAGCAAAAACACAUUACCACUUAUGAGGAACUAAGAAAACAGAAUAGACAGGAAUAUGAAAAGCAAAGAAUGUUGAAUUACAAGCAAUCAAAUCCUAGGUCAACAUAUCCUUUAACCAAAGACAUACCUCCCAAGUCUGAUCUAGAAUUUCUAGAUGAGUACAAGCCUCCUCCUGCGGGAGGUCAAACCAAGUAUGGAGACAGUUGGGGUUAGCUGCCUGGAUAAGUUUAAAUUCGUAGACUGUAAAUGUUAUAAGAGUAAAAUGUGUUGUUUUUAUAGAAUUAACCGCUGGAUUAAGCUUUCAGCUGUAGAUGGAACUGCUGCCUUUUAAACUUAAAGAAUUAUUAUGUUGUAAA